CAUUAUCAACAGUCAUUCGACAGAAUCACUGAAUCGGUUAGAGAAAUGCGGAAAUGAUAUUGUACGGGAGUGUUUACAGGGUUGAGCGGAGAGGUGAAUAAGAAUUCAGCCGAAACUACAGGGGAACGGAUCUUGUCACAGUCGAGCCGUAUGGAAGCUUGAGGAUUUGGUCUCUGACAAGUCUUUACUGGGGAGGCGAGUGCCUAGUAUCACGAUGGAAGAUUAUUCACAAUCACCACCAACAAUCUCCUUGGAGGAGUUUAAUGAUGAUGUCUUUCCAAGAGAGAAACAUCUGCCUUACAACGUGAACGCUGGUCAUGGUGGUGCUUCAGCUAUCCUGCUUCACACCCGGCAACGUCAGUCGACCGCCCAGAGUCAGUUGAGUCUAGUUCAAUCCGGUUUCAACUCGAAUACGUUCAACACCAAGCUGAUUGUGACGUCAAGGUUAGGUAUACCUGCAGCCAGGGACAACGGACGCUUUGCGGCCUCAAUUGCACGUGACCUUCAAACAAAUCACAACGGGGAUUUGAUCAUGAAGAUGAGAGAUGGUAGACACGAUGUUACUUUGUUUUCCAACCAGGCUAUCUUUACCCGUGGAGGACGCUUCCCACAAAGAGAGUGUUCACCAGAAGGUAACCUUGAUGUAAGCCUCCAGGAGCUUGGUUUUGUCCACCUUAGUGAUACCGUUGAGUACACUGUGUCCGUUCUUGUGGGAUGUAGCACGUCUAGGUCUGAUGAAAGCACCCCCGUCGCCUGCUGCUAUAUGGUAGAGGUCCAGAGGAUUGGGGAUUGUUGGAAGCUUGAUGCUGUUCCAGCUGGGAAAUGUGGACCGAAUGAGAUGAAAAACAACUGGAAGUUCGACAUUAACCAGGACGGCUUUGUCAAGAUCGAAGGCCCUCCAGAUAGCCACUUUGUUUUCCUAUGCAACCGAAGUUAUGCCGAGGAUACACCCGACACCUCGCCUUGUGGCAAGGUAUUUUUCACUCAAACCUACAACGGCGAGCACAGCACAACUCUUGUACCCAAGAUCCGAACUCACUAUGGCCGAGCAAUGUUCUUACUAUGCUCCAGGUCUAACCCUGACACCAACCUUGUCACAUCGGCUCUGUACUUUGUGGCACCAAUGGUGAACAAGGUGGGUGUGUACUACAUCGCAGAAAGCACUGAUGAUCCGUCACUGUCGACCCCGGCCCUUUGGUUGGUGAGUAAGAAGAUAGGGAAGUUGGCGGUGAGGCUGAAACCGGACCUGACUGGCCCUUGCCGGUAUGCCUUCUUCUCAAAUGCACCGGAGGACCUUGAAGAUGUUGAAACUAGGUGCCUUCAGAGCGACUGCAUCGCUACAGGAGCUGACACCCCGCUGCGUGGUCAUCUCUCAAUCAAUGAUGGCUGCUUGAACGUCUGGACCGAUAGAAGAGUUGACAUCAAGAUUGAGUCUGGCAACCAUACUGCCGUGGUCGUACAUGAAUCCGAGUUGGAGGAAAAGUCGGGGAGGUUUACCUUCCAAAAAGACAUUUCAAAUGAGAUCAAAGAGGGGAAGGGCGUGUACGUCUUUAGAGCCAGUGUUAAUUUGAAAAAUAAAGAGAGAAGAGAUGUGACUAUCGAGUUAGAGGGUUCACCCUGUCGGGUCAUGAAGCAACUACCUGGUGUCCAGUUCGCUAUCAACUUCGGUGGUCCAGCCUACCAGGAUGUAAACGGCGCCCUCUUCGUUGAUGGGCGAUCUGCUUUACCAUCCAUCUGCUCAGAUCCUGAUCGAUACUACUACGGCUGUCACAUUGACCCGUUGAGGAACUAUCCCCAAGUAGUUGGAAGCACCAAUGAUGGCUCAUUGUAUACUACCUUCAUAGGAAAUAGACCAAGACAUGAUGAUACCUUGGAUUUCAGAAUUCCUAUGCCUGGAGGGAGAUAUGUCCUCACACUGUUUACAAUGUCCUCGGGUUUAGAUGACGUCACUGCUGUGGUGAAUGGAGACGAUUUAUCAACUCAGAUUCAACAGCAAUUGCAUAGUCAGACCGAAACUAUCCCAGAAUGCACUGCGAAGAAAGCAUCACUUCCUGUUUCUGUGUCUGACGGUACCCUUGAUAUCUCCCUGAAAUGUGGUAAGUCGCUUAAUUAA